CUCGUGCCCUCAUUUGUAUUGCUUGGUGUCCUUCUGGAGUUUCAAAUCUUUUGGUCUGUCAGAGCCGUUCCCUAUUGUUGUUCAUUGCAAUUGAGCAUUUAUUCAUGUUCAUGCUAAGACAUGCCUCCCGGGGCGUGGCCCACAAACUCUCUGCAUUUCCACCACGCCGCUCGAUAGGAAGCGUGAGUGCAAUCGAUUCUGCGGUUUUCAGAACUUUGUUUGGAACGGACGAGAUCCGUAAAGUCUUCGACGACAAGGCUUAUCUAAAUCGAUGUGUGGACGCAGAGACGGCACUGGCGAGAGCGCAAUCGAAAUGCAAUGUUAUUCCCUCACACAUCGGCGAGAUUGUGACGUCCAAGUCAAAUGGCACACAGCUAGAUUUCAACAGACUUCGUCAAGAGACUGAAAUUGUUGGAUAUCCCAUCCUCCCGCUGGUGCGACAACUAUCAGCUUCGUGUGGCGAAGAGGCUGGUCGAUAUGUGCAUUGGGGGGCUACGACACAAGAUAUCAUGGAUCUCGCGAGUAUUCUUCAAAUGAAGCAAGGACUGGAGAUCGUCGAGACUACGCUUCGCUCCGUUAUCACAAACCUCGAAUACCUAGCAAGAAAACAUAGAGAUACACCAAUGGCCGGCCGAACUCAUCUCCAGCAUGCAUUGCCGAUCACAUUUGGUCACAAGUGUGCGGUGUACCUGUCCGGAUUUCAACGCCACUUAGAACGCCUUGAACAGCUCAAGCCCCGUGCACUGAUGGUCCAAUUUGGAGGUGCAGCUGGUUCCUUGGCUUCUUUGGGGUCUGGAGAUGAUGGCAUCCGCGUUCGCAAAGAAAUGGCCAAAGAUCUUGGCUUGAGUGAUCCCCCGAUCACCUGGCAUGUUGCACGAGAUGGCGUUGCUGAGAUCGUGAACUAUCUAGCUCUUGUUGGCGGCAGUUUGGGCAAGCUGGCACUUGACAUUAUUAUCAUGUCUUCCAACGAGCUCUCUGAAGUAUCCGAGCCGUUCGUUCCACAUCGAGGAGCUUCUUCGACGAUGCCACAGAAGCGGAAUCCAAUCUCGAGCGAAGUCAUUCUAGCUGCUUCGAAAAUCCUCAGGUCAAAUGCUGGGUUGGUCCUGGAUGGUAUGGUCUCUGAUUUCGAACGUGCUUCCGGCCCAUGGCAUUUGGAAUGGGUUGCUGUCCCAGAGAGCUUCGUUAUCGCAGUUGGAGCGCUGAAUCAGGCCGAGUUUGCUCUAUCUGGUCUUGUUGUGAAUCCCAAGCAGAUGCUCGACAAUCUCUACUCUACGCGAGGACUAAUUGUAGCCGAAGCAGUCAUGAUGGGGCUAGCUCCACAUGUAGGACGACAAAAAGCUCACGACAUUGUAUAUGAAGCAUGCAAAGAAAGCAUUGAGAGCGACACGAGCUUAUUGGAAGCUCUGCUGAAGAGGGACGAUGUCACCGGGAAGAUAUCGAAUGAGGCACUAAGCUCGCUGUGCGACGCGAAAAACUAUCUGGGGUCGUGCGGUCUUAUGGUGGACGAAGUUCUCGCCGCGUCGAAAUAGUCAGCCUUCCUGUCAUCUUUCAGCACCGGAAUCUCAUUCGGG